CAUUGCUUCUGAAUGAAGAUACUUCCUUGUCCUUAAAGUUUUGUAUUUUUCACGAUUUUAUUUACUAUAAUAUUUUCUAAUUUUACGACAAACAUACAUUCAAACGGCUAUUGUGAACGGUCGUGUUUGGAACAAUAACAAGAGGCAUCGGGUUGAUACGUUGCUAAUUGCGCGUGUCCCGUGAACCAUGGACAGCACAUUGAGCUUAGUUGUGCUUUCUAUCUUAACAGUACUAGCCAGCGCCCAAAACAGCAGCGGUUUGAUUGGCAACGCUUGCUUUGGGGCCAACAUUGCAUGCGAUUUCUACAGUCUUCAAUGUCCACAAGGAGAAAUCAUUCACCUCAAUAAUCUCAUCGCUGGGGGGAAAACGAACCAGACAUGUCGAUCCGAGCAACACUGCUCAGGAGGGCUUGACUGCUGUUCGUAUAACCAAGGGGACCUGACCUCUCCUUUCAACCAAGAGAACACCUACCAUACAUACAGAAACUGUUCUGGGCGACAAUCAUGUACAGCCAUUCAGGCUCCCUUGCAGCGCUUGGACGGUCAGACGUUCUCGUCGUAUGUUCAGUUUGAAUACACCUGUGAAAGUGCUUCAACGAAAAUACCAAUGUGUGGAAGUAAUCCAGGCAUUUACACGUCGUCAGCGGAGGUUUGGUUUGACGGCUCAACGGAAACGUUUGAUCCAACCAAGGCCAGCAGAGAGUGCAGAUGUACAGUCAAGAAUAACCAAAUAGGCAGGGGUCUAGAAUUGUACAUGUAUCUACUGGAUGUCCGAGUAGAGAGCCACUAUGUAGGGAAUGUCUCAUCCGCAGCGUGCUCCAGUGCGCAAUUCUCCUCAGAAAUGGUUGUCCUUCGAUGUGUCAAUACAACUCGUCACUGGGAGACCAAUUUCAAAUAUUACAAUUCAAACAGUUCCACACAUCAGUAUUCUAAAGUAUUACAAUCUGGUCAGACAACAGAUCUUGGCCUUUCAAGCCUGUAUGAAAAUGGACAAAGAGACGCCCCGGCUAUGGUUUGGAUUAAGAUUGCGUUAGCAAGGCCGUUCGACACAUUUGAGAUAAUUUGCGGAGAAGUUACACCUGCAUAUUUCACAACAACAACAACAACAUCACCACCACCAACAACUACAAUAACAACAACAACACCAACGGCAACAACAAGAAAAACAACAACUGUAACAGCAAAAACACCAACAACAACAUCAUCAUCAUCAACAAUAACAACAACAGCAACAACAUCACCACCACCACCAACAACAACAACAAGAACAACAACACCAGCAACAACAACAACAACAAUAACAUCUGUAGAAACAAUCACGACAACACCGUUUACAGCUACUUCCAAGGCAACAACGACAACAAAAAAGCACUCUGUUACAACCAAACCUUCAAUUGUAACAUUUCCAAGGAGAACAUCAACAAUAUCUUCACAAGACACUGGAACUGCGUCUUCAACAACUGUUGAACCUGUAACAACAAUACCUGCAUAUUUCACAACAACAACAACAUCACCACCAACAACAAAUACAAUAACAACAACAACACCAACGGCAACAACAAGAAAAACAACAACUGCAGCAGCAAAAACACCAACAACAACAUCAUCAUCAACAAUAACAACAACAGCAACAACAUCACCACCACCACCACCAACAACAACAACAACAACAAGAACAACAACACCAGCAACAACAACAACAACAACAAUAACAUCUAUAGAAACAAUGACGACAACACCGUUUACUACAGCUACUUCCAAGGCAACAACGACAACAAAAAAGCACUCUGUUACAACCAAAUCUUCAAUUGUAACAUUUCCAACGAGAACAUCAACAAUAUCUUCACCAGACACUGGAACUGCGUCUUCAACAACUGUUGAACCUGUAACAACAAUACCUGCAUAUUUCACAACAACAACAACAACAUCACCACCAACAACAACUACAAUAACAACAACAACAACACCAACGGCAACAACAAGAAAAACAACAACUGCAGCAGCAAAAACACCAACAACAACAUCAUCAUCAACAAUAACAACAACAGCAACAACAUCACCACCACCACCAACAACAACAACAGGAACAACAACACCAGCAACAACAACAACAACAACAUCUGUAGAAACAAUGACGACAACACCGUUUACAGCUACUUCCAAGGCAACAACGACAACAAAAAAGCACUCUGUUACAACCAAACCUUCAAUUGUAACAUUUCCAACGAGAACAUCAACAAUAUCUUCACCAGACACUGGAACUGCGUCUUCAACAACUGUUGAACCUGUAACAACAAUACCCGUGACCACAAUAGAGACACUUAUUCAGCCAAGAACUACUUCAGCCCCAUUGUCGAACGCUACGGACGAAACUUCUCAAGUAUCUGCGGUGGUGGUAGCUGUUCCGAUAGCAUGUGUGUUAGUUGUGAUGUUGGCUGUGUCCACCGCAUGCUUCUUCAAGGAACGAAGAAAACGAAUGGAAGCUGAAAACGAAAAUACUAACACGAGUGUCAGGGACAGAAGUGUCAAAAGUCUGCAAGAGUUUCCAUCAGAACGAGUUUAUGAUACCAUCGUUGAAACAAACAAUCCUGAGGGUAACUACAAUAUGGAAACACGCAAUAUAACAUGGAACUUAGCUAAUGUCUACACCGAAAGUGCGCCAGUAGCCCCUGUUCAGCAAACCGAUACUGACGAUGAAAUAAGUGGUCAAAAUUGUGCCGCGGGACAUGACUACGAGACAUUACAACACUCUCCCUAUCAGAACACAGAAACUAGUGGUGAACAAUGUAGUGUUUACAAUCAGCUCACGUUUUGAUUUCGUUGUCUUUGAAAUGUAAACGAUUUCGAGGCCAAUGUGUACGGAUAAAGAUUGGUUUUGAUGAUCAAUUUGCUUAUUUACAUUAGAUUUUAUUAUCAUAAUUCGAUGCAAGAGCACGAUUUCCUCAAUGCACAACUUGUAAAACAAUAUAUAAUAGUUUGGAACAAUAACACAAUUAUCAUGGCAUAGCUGUUCCUUUAACAAUGAUAAUUUGAACAAUUUUAUAAAAUAGAGAAACUUGAAACUUCAUUCUUGCUUUUGUCACCGAGUGUACUAAUUUGCACUGCUGUACAAUGGAAACUGCAGGAACAAGCCUAUUAGCCUCAAAUCUAACAAAAGUACAACGAGCAAGUCCAGAUAAACAUCAACAAGAGCCGCAAGGCUAUAUGACAAAAAGCACUACACAGCUAUUAACAAAAUUAUGUCUAUUGGUAAAUGUUAGGAUAAGCACGUUGGACAAAAAGCGAAAAUCUAGUAAGAACUCAGUGAGUUGUUUAACCGGUUUUCAGGCGCCCAACCUUACCCAAGCCCGAAUUUUUAAAUAAGUGCAACAAGCAAGAAAUAAACAAUGAAGUAUGAAACAAAACAAGAAUAUUAAAAAAACACCACUUGCACUGAAGAUACAAGCUGGCAAAAGUCAUCCUUUCCGUGAAGACUGACUUAAAACCAAGGGUCAGACAAAUAUAUUUAUAAUUUCUUUAAUCUUUCUUUAGAAAAAACAAUGCAUCGUUGUCCGUAUGAACAGUAUUUUAGGAGAAAUGUCACAAAACAAAUUGUUUCACCUACUAUAAGAUCUUGUUUAGCAGCUUAAUAUCCCAAACAAUCGUUGUAAAACCGACACUUAACUGUUUAAUAUGAUGCUUACAAACAAAAUAUGAGAAAAAUCUGUGAAAUAAAAGUAGAAAUGGCAAUAUUUACAUUGUGUCAGAAGCGUUUUGGAAACGGAUGUCGGAGAAUUCGUACUCAUUCAAUAUCGUACCGGUAUGACUAGUUAGAGGAAAGUGCACUUUCCGCGAAAAGUACGAAAUCAGUGAAUGCUACUGAAACGAUAGUUUAGUGGUUACUGGCACUUAAUCUCCGAAAAUCCGGGAAACCCCGUACCUAGAUUGCAACUCGAAGAGUAGAUAAAACGUGAAGUUUCUAGUAAACAGUUUUCAAAAUAUGAAAUUCAUUAAAAAAAUAAAAACAUGCAUCUCAGAUGAACUCACCUUUACAAUAAAAUCAAACUUAUUUGCUCGGCUUCCAAACUAGGAAUAGGAUUUGU